AUGGAUUACAUAUCGGACGACCCCUCCGCUGCUAACUUUCCUGGUACGAUCUCACACGUCCUUGCUGCUGCUGCUGCUGGCGGCUGGCUGCGUCACUCCCCUCGCGGAAACCCCCCAGUCUCCCCUCCACUCCCCUUUCGCCGCUGCCUUCCCGCUGCCUUCCUCAUCCCUGCAGCGAAUGUGCCGCCUUAUCGACACUCUCCAUCUGCCACCCUGUCGUAUCACAUCCUGCUCCCCCGUCCCUUCCGUGCAGGCCCGCCGCGCGUGUCCGCCAACUCGUGCGCGCGCCCAUGCAAGGUGCCGAACCCGCCGAUCAUCAUCAACGUGGGGUUCGAGCGCGACAUUCUGCGCCGCGCCACGCUCCCAAACGACACGCUUGUGAUCAUGCUGCUGUGGAGCAACGUGCGCCUGACACGUGGACUGGUGUUCGGCGCCAACUUUUCGUGCACCAUCUUCAACGCCACGCGCCCCGGCAGGCUCACCAUCUCCCUGCCCAACACUGCCACGCCAGUGUUGGAGCUGUUCAACACGCACAACGUGCUCGUGCACGGCAUCAACUUCCACAUCCCCGUCACCGACGCUGAAACCACCAUCUGCCGCUUCCCCAACAUCGACCAGGUGCGAGACAUCUACAUCGGCCGCUACGCCUGCCCUGCCAUCUUCCUCUUCCGCGUCUUUGCCGUGCAAGUCACACAGGGCACGGUGUUCGGACGCAUUGACGUCAUGCGCGCGGCGUACUCGCGAAUCGACAACAUGCGAGUCACUGUGAAUCCCGCCAACUGGCCGGCUGCUAUCCGUGUGUCGUACUCUGGGCAUGGCCCCACGCUGCAGCGGUCCAAUGUGUGGAUUACAAACAACGAGCUGUUUUCCGGAGGGGAGGGGCGGGAGCAGGCGCAGCGGGCGCGCGUGGGGAUAAUGAUCCUGUGGGGCGGCGUGGGGGUGAACGUGAUGAAUAACCGCCUGCACGACUUUACCCUCGCUGGGAUUCAGAUGGGCCAUGGAAUGAACAACGUCGGCGAUGCCAUGCUCACCAAAGUGGCUUACAAUGAGAUUCGGCACGACUUUGGGGAGACAGGGGCAAACACGCGGCUGGACAACAGUGGGAUUUACUUUGACACGCACUGGGUGAACCCUGGGAACUACCUGCGGUGCAACUAUGUGUACCGCGGGGGGCACUGCCUGUACAUCGACUGGGUGUCCAGUGGGGUCAUCUCGGAUGGGCUUGUGUGCGACCAGACAGCUGAUGGGCUCAAGCUCAACUCUGGAAAGAACAAUAUGAUAUUGGGCAUGGUGAUGAUCAACACGACGCAGUUCUCAGUGGGGUACAUCUCGUGCCAGAACAACCACCUCAACAACUGUGACAACUACGCCGGCCCCAACUGGAACCGCCUCCUCAAAACCUACUUCCAGACGCCCGAGAUCCGAUGGAAUUAUCCAUAUCUGACCAACUUUUGUGGGAAGAACCGCAUCAAUGGCAUUGACUGCAACAACGGCACAGAUGCUGCUCACAGCCGCGCGGUCACAUCUGGAUGCAGCGGGCUGCCCACUGAAAACUACGCAGAGCUAGUUUCUGCCACCCCGUCAGGCUCUCCAAAAUAUGUCAUCUACAUGCCCAACUGUGCGCCGUUCCCCUCCGUGCCUGCUCUCAACCGCAUGCGGUAUUUCGCCACGAGCAUUGACAAGGCAGGGUUCAGGGACCCUAAGAAUGGGGAUUAUGGGCUGAGGAGCAACUCCGAGGGCUCCCUCUCAAUGCAGCUGCCAUCAACACCCAUCCCACCUCAAGCCUUCUUCCUCGUCGCGGCUUUCCAUCCCCCCUCCAUCCUCUCCCAUCCACCCGCUCUCCAAUACCUCUCCCAUCCCCCUCUACCAUCCUCCCUCCCAUCCCACCUGUCCCGUCUCGCUUCCCAUCCCAUCUGUCCCAUCCCUCAUCUGCCAUCCCCCCCUUCCCAUCCCCCAUUACCCUCCCCCUCCCAUCCAACCUUUCCCUCCCCCUCUUACAGCCUUCCCCUGUCGCAGCCAUUCCCUUCAAUUCCUCCUCCCCCGUCCACCCUCCCGCAUCCCUCCGCACUCUUCCACCCUCUCCCAUCCCCAUCCCCUGCCCCCUCUCCCCCACGCCGCGGUGCGCAGGAUCUGUGCGUGUUGCUAUUCACCUCCAGCCGCGAUCCAGGCAUAGUCCCGCGCAACACGCAGCCCCCCGAGCCCGACGGUGACGUGGAGGCGCCGCGCCCGGGGGGGCGGCGGCUACCGCGGACGAAGGACGUGGUGAUAAAGGGCAAGACGGUGAAGGUCAAAUACUGCGACACGUGCAUGUUGUACCGGCCGCCGCGGUGUUCGCACUGCAGCAUCUGCAACAACUGCGUGGAGAGAUUCGACCACCACUGCCCGUGGGUGGGCCAGUGCAUCGGCAAGGUGCGCGCCAGGGGGGGGGAGGGGUAUAGGCACACGGUGCACAGGCAGGGGGAGGGGGGAGGAGGGAACAGGCACGUGCAGGGGCAGCGCAACUACCGCUUCUUCUUCCUCUUCGUGUGCUCCACCACGGCGCUCUGCAUCUACGUCUUCUCGCUCUCCGCCUACCUCAUCAAGGUGUUGAUGGACAAUGCGUAUGAGCCGGGGGGGGAGACGCGCACGGUGUGGCAGGCGCUGGGGCAGGCGCCCAUGGCGGCUGUGCUCAUGGCGUACACCUUCCUCGCUGUGUGGUUCGUGGGGGGGCUCUCCGCCUUCCACCUCUACCUCAUGAGCACUAACCAGACAACGUAUGAGAACUUCCGAUACCGGUACGACAAGAAGGCGUACCCCAACAACCGCGGCAUCAUGCGCAACGUGUACGAGGCGCUCUGCUCGCCCAUCCCGCCCUCCCGCAACCACUUCCGCGCCGACAUCCCCGACCCCUCCGCCCCCCAGCCCCCCGCCGCCCCCUCCGACCCCCAACAGCCCGAGCUCUCCGCUGCCAUCCCCCCUGCGCGGCGUCACAGCAAGGGGUCUAGGCCUGGGUCUAGAGGGUCGUCUGGGGGGAGGUCUCCUGCGCAGCGAGGGGGGAAGUCGCCGGCGCAGCGGGAGUAUGAUUUGGUGGAGGUGACUAAAUUGAGGGAGGACGAGGGCGGGCACGUGGCAGAUCAGAUCGUGGAGGCGGGCGGCGUGAUGCCGGCCGGGGCGGGGGUGGCUCGGUCGGGGUCGAGAGACGGGUCCGGGCGGGAGGGAGGGGGGAGUGGGCGGAAAGGGGGGAAGAAGAAGUCGCAUAGUGGGAAGCUGAGGGAGAAGGGGGAGGGGCGGAAGGGGAAGCAUAGAAAUAGAGGAGAGGGGGAUGGGGUGUGGGAGGGAGUGGAGGGGGCAGUGGGGGUAGGGGAUGUGGUGGGAGGAGGGGGAGGGAUGGGGGGGCAAGUGGCGGUGGAUGUGCAAGGGCAGGAGUAUGUGCAGCGGCGGUACAGCCCCGUGCCACACGUUCCUCCAGACGGGCUCUAG